AUGGGGUUCUGCUGUGGGCCUUCGGAUGUCCAGGUGCUCCCCAAGAACACGUCCUCCUCCUCUCCCUCCUCCUCCUCGUUUGUUAAAGAUUCCGGUGAUGGCGGCAAGAAGAAACAGCAGCAAGUUAUAAAGAAGGAACAGGGGAAGGAGAAGAAGAUGAGCAACCUUGACCGGGCCGCCCUCACAACACCCCGCCUCCCCUUCCAUUCUCGACCCGGUCUGAUGUGA